AUGUCGUUUCUCGAUCUCCUGCCCACAACAAUUUUGGCAUUUAUAUUCACGGUGCUUUUGGCGAAACACGUUGUGAGCGCCAUCGGCAAGUCCACGCUUGUCGAAAAUGCAUGGAGCAUAUAUACGUGGCUGGCGUCCCGGAUGGGCCAUCCGAAAUUCAAGCUGCUUGCUGCCAAGCGCCAGGAGUUGGUGAAAGUCAACCGCGAGAGAAAGGCCAUCAGUGCCCAGGACCAGUAUGCCCGGUGGACCAAGUUGAACCGGACCUUCGACAAGUUAUCGGGCGAAAUCAGCGCUUUGACUGAGGAGGUUUCGGCGGAGAAAGCCAGCGUCGGCAAGGUCGUGAAUUUGACCAUCACCGUGUUCACCACUGCGCCAAUUUGGUUUUCCCGCUACUGGUACCGAAAAGUGGUGUUGCUUUAUUUCCCGGCAGGCGUGUUCCCGUACCCUGUGGAGUGGUUUUUGGCUUUGCCCUUCACCGUCACUGGUGGUCUUGGGCUCACCGUAUGGAUGUUUGCUGUGAAUAGCGUUUUGUCAUCGUUGACUUUCUUGGUCAAAUACGCGUUGGAGCCUGCUGUUGAGAAGCCCGAGCUCGUUUCUGGCGAGGGCAAGAACAAUGGCCAGAAGACAACUGACACGGAAGAGACGGCGCAACUCUGA